CACAACGAUAAUUAUUAGCAGAAUCAAACAACAGCGAAGUGGUACUUAAGAGAAAGAAACCAAAAAACGAUCAUCACCUAACCAUGCAUCACCAACCUGCAUGAACUGGUACAAUCUAAACGGCGUCAGUUUAUGGAUCGAUGCACGUCGCAGCUCACGAUUGGUCCAGUGAAGAUGAUGAUUGUCUUAAAAUAGGCGGAAUAAAACGAGCGAGAGAGGAAGACGCUUAAUAAAAAUCCUAGAAAUUUUGAUUCCAUUUCCGUGCCUGUUCAUUCGUUUGAUCGGACCGGGGAUUAUUAUUAUAACGUCUAUAACCGGCGGAGCUCUUUGUCUUCUCCGGCGUAAUCAUCUCCUCCGGCGUGUCGGAUCAGGGGCCCCACGGAUCACAUGGAGGCGGCAACGAGGUGCAGAGCUCGAUCAUGCCGCUACUAGCCCUUGGUGCUGCAUCGCGACGCGUCUCCGAUUCUGAUGGAUGCAAAGAACCAAUCCGGCGAAAGCCAUCAACCGCCGCAGCAGGCUGAGCCGAUGGACUCCAGGAAGGCCGCGCAGGCGGCGACGCGGCGGAAGAAGAUGACGAAGCAGCUGACGGGGAAGCGGGACGACACGGCGCUGCACGGGUCGGCGCGCGCGGGGCAGCUCGUCGCCGUGCAGCAGACGCUGUCCGGCGCACCGCCGGACGAGCUGCGCGCGCUGCUGUCGAAGCAGAACCAGGCCGGCGAGACGCCGCUGUUCGUCGCCGCCGAGUACGGGUACGUGGCCCUGGUGAGCGAGAUGAUCAAGUACCACGACGUCGCCACCGCCUGCAUCAAGGCCCGGAGCGGCUACGACGCUCUCCACAUUGCCGCUAAGCAAGGGGAUGUAGAGGUGGUGAAUGAGUUGCUGCGAGCGCUGCCGGAGCUGUCGAUGACGGUGGACGCGUCGAACACGACGGCGCUGAACACGGCGGCGACGCAGGGGCACAUGGAGGUGGUGCGGCUGCUGCUGGAGGCGGACCGGAGCUUGGCGCUGAUUGCCCGGAGCAACGGAAAGACGGCGCUGCACUCGGCGGCGAGGAACGGGCACGUGGAGGUGGUGCGCGCGCUGAUGGAGGCGGAGCCCAGCAUCGCGGUGCGGGUGGACAAGAAGGGCCAGACGGCGCUGCACAUGGCCGCCAAGGGCACCCGCCUCGACCUCGUCGACGCGCUCCUCGCCGGCGAGCCGUCGCUGCUCAACCUGGCGGACAGCAAGGGCAACACGGCGCUGCACAUCGCCGCCCGCAAGGCGCGGGUUCCUAUCGUAAAGCGGCUGCUCGAGCUGCCGGACACCGACCUGAAGGCGAUCAACCGGUCCCGCGAGACGGCGCUCGACACGGCGGAGAAGAUGGGAAACGCCGAGGCGGUGUCGGUGCUGGCGGAGCACGGCGUCCCGUCGGCGCGCGCCAUCAGCCCGACGGGCGGCGGCGGCGGCGGCGGCAACCCGGCGCGCGAGCUGAAGCAGCAGGUGAGUGACAUCAAGCACGAGGUGCACUCGCAGCUGGAGCAGACGCGGCAGACGCGGGUGCGGAUGCAAGGGAUCGCGAAGCGCAUCAACAAACUCCACGAGGAAGGUCUGAACAACGCGAUCAACUCGACGACGGUGGUGGCGGUGCUGAUCGCGACGGUGGCGUUCGCGGCGAUCUUCACGGUCCCCGGCGAGUACGUGGACGCGGACAGCCUGUCGCCGGGGCAGGUCCUCGGGGAGGCGAACAUAUCCCACCAGACGGCGUUCAUCAUCUUCUUCGUGUUCGACUCGGUGGCGCUGUUCAUCUCGCUGGCGGUGGUGGUGGUGCAGACGUCGGUGGUGGUGAUCGAGCGGAAGGCCAAGAAGCAGAUGAUGGCGGUGAUCAACAAGCUGAUGUGGGCGGCGUGCGUGCUCGUGAGCGUGGCGUUCCUGGCGCUGUCGUUCGUCGUGGUGGGGAAGGCGGAGCGGUGGCUGGCCGUCGGCGUGACCAUCAUGGGCGCCACCAUCCUCGUCACCACCAUCGGCACCAUGCUCUACUGGGUGAUCGCCCACCGGAUCGAGGCCAAGCGCAUGCGCAGCAUCAAGCGCUCCUCGCUCAGCCGCUCCCGCUCCUUCUCGGCCUCCGGCAUGUCCGAGUCCGAGUGGGUCGACGAGGAGUUCAAGCGGAUGUACGCCAUCUGAUCUCAUCCAUCCCUCUCACCACGUGACACGUCUCUCGUUCAUUGCAUGGAUGCAUUCCAGUGACGACGAUACGUUUCUACUCAUAUGAUAAACAGGAACUGACCAGUAUUCAAUGUUGAAGGAAUAUAUAUUCAGGGUUCGGAAAUUUGAACUUCCGUGGAAUUUGAUCACUUUAUUUUCUAAAUUUAAACAGAUUCUCAA